AUGCCGGAAUACAAGUUGUACUACUUCAACGGCCGCGGACUCGGCGAUGUCUCUCGACAGUUGUUCGCUUUGGCUGGUGAAAAAUUCGAAGAUGUGCGUGUUUCAAGUGAUGAUUGGCCGAACCUGAAAAAGGAGAUGCCGUUUGGACAAAUGCCAGUUCUCGAAGUCGACGGUGUCAAGAUUCCACAGUCAAUGGCAAUCGCCAGAUAUUUAGCUAAGAAGUUCGGAUAUGCGGGAAAAACCGACUACGAACAAGCAAUUGUUGACGCAUUCGCUGAUCAAUUCAAGGAUUUCUAUAUCGAGGCAAAGACUUAUUAUUACACCAAGCUCGGAUUGAUGGACAAGGACCCUGAAGAGGAGAAGAAGAAUGCAUUGAUUCCAGCGAGGGACAAGUUUCUUCCUCUCAUUGCGAAAUAUCUGAAGCAAAGCAAAUCAGGUUUUCUGGUUGACAGCGGAGUCACUUACGCCGAUUUGAUCAUUGUUGACAACAUGAGAACUCUUAUUUCGCUGUGGCCUGAAUAUCUUAAAGAUUAUCCAGAGAUCAAGGCUUGGUAUGACAAGGUUGACAGCAUUCCACAGAUUCGUAAGCACCUUGAGAAUUCGCCAAACACUGGUUUCUAA